UCAUUGGUGGACCCCCUCAGCUGAAAUUUGACUAAACAAACAGAGCGGACCUCACUCCAGGGAUACCCCUGACGGAGAAGCCUUGGAUUCUCAUCCCUCCGGAUUUGAGGAAUCUUCCCCGGCUCCUACAAAGCGAGCGGACUGGAAAGCGUUGCUCACACUUCAGGGUCGAGCGGGAGACGGAGCGACUCCAGGAGGACUCCACUGAGGGGGACUUACGCUUUAGGAGUCAGACCCCGUCAGCCAUCGGUGCCACUUCUGAAGAAUAUCAUCACGCAUCAUAUUUUCUACCAUGAUGAGAGGAAACUGUCGGGCAGCAAUGCCUCUAGCAGUCCUGCUUGCAGCCCUUCAGCUCUGCAGAGGCAGCCACGGCCUGGAGAUCACGCCCGGGGGCGACGUCUCCGUUCUCAACAAGGGCGCGAGCUUCUCCGCCAAAUGCCGGGGAGGGGGCGCGGUGACCUGGAAGCACAGCCACCCGACGGCGACGGGCAUCCGGGUCACGAACGGGCCCACCUACAGCACCCUCACCUUGGAGAACGUGGCGUGGAACCACACGGGCGUGUACACCUGCGCUGAACCUGACGCGGGCGACACCCGAGAGAUCUCGGUGUUCGUUCCAGACGAUAAGGUUUGGUUCCUCCCGGAGGAGUACCACAUGGUGAUGAAGAACAACGACGAGGGAACGAUUCCCUGCAUGGUGACGGACCCUCGGAUAAAGGUCUCGCUGUACGAGGGCACCACCCACACUCGUCUGGACGGGGCGUACCAUCCGCUCAAGGGGUUCACUGCCCGCCUGGAGGACAUGACCUACUUCUGCAGAGCAGAGCUCAACGGGGAGACCAAGGACUCCAUCCAGUUCUACGUCUACACCAUCACGGUGCCGGAUUCCAUAGAGGCCCACGUCAACGCCUCCCAGACCGUGCUCAAACAGGGGGAACCACUACUCGUCCACUGCACCAAUCACGGAGCGGAACUGGUCUUCUUCUCCUGGGAAUACCCACACGCGGAAGGCUCGGAGGUCGAACCCCUGACCGACUUCCUCUCGACCACGAUCAUGCGUUCCACGCUCUACUUCCCCAACGUCUCCCUGGACAACUCCGGCUCAUACGUGUGCAGGGUGCAGGAGAACAUGCUUGACCACACGGCCUCGGACAGCAUCGACAUCCACGUCGUGGAACAAGGCUUUGUAGAGCUCAGUUCGUCCAGCGGCAAGAACAUCUCAGCCAAGCUAGACGAGCGGACUGACAUCAGUGUGCGGAUUGAGGCCUAUCCCAAGCCCAGGAUUCAAUGGACCAAGGACCAGGGCGAUCUCCAGGGAGAUACUAUCUCCAUAGAAACCGAGCAACUGGAGGAGAGCAGCACCUAUAUCAGCACCUUGACUCUGUUUAGAAUCAGGAAGGAACAGCGAGGUCUAUACACUAUUACUGUCUCCAAUGAGGAUGCUGUCAAGGAGCUGACCUUUGACCUGGAGGUCAAAGUUCCCCCACAGAUAGUGGACUUGUCAGACCAGCAGCUGGCAGACAGGAGGCACAGUGUGGUUUGUGUGGCAGAGGGGGUUCCCCCACCUCAGGUCCAGUGGUUCAGCUGUGACAGCAUGAAGAAAUGCAGUAACCGGACCACGCCAUGGCAGCCGCUCCUGGAAGACCCCGAAAACAUCGACGUCCAGACCAACGUGAGCUACAACGCCACGGGCAAGAUCGGCCAGACACGGAGCUCUCUGGCCUUCAGGAACCUGCAGCGCGUGAUCUCCGUCCGCUGCCUGGCCACCAACGAGAGGGGACAGAGAGAGAGGGACAUCAAGCUGGUCUCGCACACGCUGUUCUCCCAGGUGGCUGUGCUGGCGGCCAUUUUGGCUCUGGUGGUUCUGGCUGUGAUCUUCAUCAUCAUCCUCAUCGCCCUGUGGAGGAAGAAACCGCGCUACGAGAUCAGGUGGAAGGUGAUCGAGUCUGUGAGCUCUGACGGACACGAGUACAUCUACGUGGACCCCAUCCACCUGCCCUACGAUUCGGCCUGGGAGGUCCCACGCGACAGCCUUAUCCUCGGUCGUACCCUGGGGUCAGGGGCCUUCGGGAGGGUUGUGGAGGCCACAGCCUACGGCCUCGGACACUCUCAGUCCACCACCAAAGUCGCCGUCAAGAUGCUUAAAUCCACGGCGAGGCGGAGCGAAACGCAGGCCCUGAUGUCCGAGCUGAAGAUCAUGAGCCACCUGGGCCCGCACCUGAACAUCGUCAACCUGCUCGGGGCCUGCACCAAACAAGGCCCAAUCUACCUGGUAACAGAAUACUGUCGCUAUGGCGACCUGGUGGACUACCUGCACCGGAACAAGCACACCUUCCUGCAGUACUACGCCGACAAGAGCCGCCGGGAUGCGGAUAUGUGCGGCAACGGCGUUCCCGACGGCAAAGGGUACGUGUCCUUCGGCAACGGCUGUGACGGGAACUACAUGGACAUGAGCAGGGACGGGAGCACACAGUACAUGCCCAUGAAGGAGCUCAACGACAUCAAGUACGCCGACAUCGAGCCCUCGGCCUACGAAACGCCCUACCAGCAAGGCCUGUACAGCGGACAAGGUGACGAGCCUUCAGACACCACCCUCGCCCUCAGCGACUCGCCUGUCCUCAGCUACACCGACCUGGUGGGCUUCAGCUACCAGGUGGCCAAGGGCAUGGAGUUCCUGGCGUCCAAAAACUGCGUUCAUCGGGACCUGGCUGCGAGGAACGUGCUGAUCUGCGAGGGGAAGCUGGUGAAGAUCUGCGACUUCGGCCUGGCCAGAGACAUCAUGCACGACUCCAACUACAUCUCCAAGGGCAACACCUUCCUGCCCUUGAAGUGGAUGGCGCCAGAGAGCAUUUUUCACAACCUGUACACCACUCUGAGUGACGUCUGGUCCUUCGGUGUCCUGCUGUGGGAGAUCUUCACUCUGGGUGGGACACCCUAUCCUGACCUCCCAAUGAACGAGCUGUUCUACGGCGCUCUGAAAAGAGGGUACAGGAUGGCCAAACCUGCCCACUCGUCAGACGAAGUUUACGACGUUAUGCGGAAGUGUUGGGACGAGAAGUUUGAGAAGAGGCCGGAUUUCUCCUACUUGGUCCACACAGUGGGGAAUAUGCUAACUGAGAGCUAUAAGAAGAAAUACUGCCAGGUGAACGACACCUUCCUGAAGAGCGACCACCCGGCGGUCGCCCGCACCAAACCCCGGCUGACGGGACCGCUGACGGGACCGCUGGCGCUCCCCAACGGGUCGCCCCUGGGCAUCAGGCGAGAGGCCGAGGGGGAGGAGGCGCUGGCUGCCUACAACGAGUACAUCAUUCCCAUCCCAGACCCCAAGCCGGAGGACAGCUACGAGGAGGCCCUCACGCUCACGGAAGGCUCCUCCGGUGACAGGUCCCAGGACCUCGACGAGCAGAGUGACACCCUCUCCCUGGAAAUGUCUGUCACCAUUCCAGAGGAGGAUAAGCCCCACCCCACCCAGGAGAAGGAGGCGGAGCCAACGGAAUGCCAGGGAACUCCGGACGUGGAAGACAGCUUCCUGUAGAUACACAGCGAAGGGCCAGGUCACCGACACAACCUGUCCCAUUCUGGAGCCAAAAUGGAGGGCUAUUUCCCUUAACCCUCAUGUCGUCUUAAGGGCCAAAAAUUACCAGCCACUAUGUUUAACAGCAGAGAAAACCCCGAAAUUAUCUUUUUUUCAACUUGAAA